AUGACUGGCCCAAAGCAGCUCAGUCAUACGACUCUUACCGAUGGCUUCCUCUUUGGAGAGGCGCCUCGAUAUAAAGAUGGCCUCCUCUACAUCAGCGACAUGACCGGCCGUACGAUUCACAGUAUUGACACGCAGUCCGGCGAGAAGAAGGCGCUGUGCACGGUAGAACACCAGCCGAACGGCAUGUGCUUCACGCCGGACGGGGCACUGAUCUGGUCGUCCAUGUUCGACGCCAAGCUGUACCGGCACGACUUCUCGACCGGCAAGGACACGCUGUACGCGGACAUGUCGCGCGUGAUGACGGGCUACUGCGGCGACAUGACGGUGGACAGUACGGGGCGCGUGUACGUGGGCGACACGGGGGCGCGGGUGCUGCACGGUGAGCAGCCGCGUGCCGGUCGACUGUUGGUCGUCGAGACCGACGGGUCCGUGGACGUGGCGGCGGAGAACAUCAUGUUCCCAAAUGCGCUCUUCAUCAGCAACGACGGCGAGACCAUCUACUGUGCCGAGACGUUCGGAUAUGGCCUUCUGCGCUGGGACAUCGGCGCCGCAGGCCGCGUGGCCAAUCGCCAGAAAGUCUGGUCGCCGGCCAUUUUGUCACCCACGGGCCAGACGGGGAACACGGAAUCGCAUGGCAUCGUCGGCAUUGAUGGCGGAUGCAUCGAUGCCAAGGGCGGCAUGUGGCUCAGCCUGCUGGGUCUGGAGAAGUUUGUUCGUGUUGACCAGCAAGGCAACGUCACCCAUGAAAUUAAGGUUGACGGCCAUGCUACCGCCUGCACGCUCGGUGGCCCUGGCGGUAAUACCUUGUAUUUGGUCAUCAAUUGGGUCCCGGAGCAUGAGAAUCUCUUCACGGCUAUGGUCGCUAAAAGAACCAAGUGUACCGUCGGCUAUACCCGGGUUGACGUUGGGAAAGGCACGGCCAGCCAUUAG